AAAAAUUAAGAAAAAAUGGAGAAAGUAAGUAUUCUCCUUUUUGUGGCCCUGAUGGCCCUCUCUGUGGAUACUCUGAAGGCUGAUAGCUUUGUCAGCGAUACCCUUUGCUAUUCGAAGGCGGACGGAACUCUGCUGAGAAUUUCGGAUACCUGUAGCAGCUACAUUUAUUGCCUGAGCCAAAAAGCCCUUACAAUCAACUGUCCCUCCGGUAUGGGUUUCAGUAGCAUGGCUCGUGGUUGUGUCCAAUAUUCACAGUCGGACUGUGCCAAUGAGAAAUCGAAUGUAGUGCACUUUGAAACACAAAGUUCCGUGAAUACCGAUUCGACGGCCGAUUCCACUUUCAGUUGGAGUAUUUGCUACUCUCAGCGUGAUGGCGCCUCCUUCCCGAUAAAGGGUGAUUGCAGAAUGUUCAUCUAUUGUCUGGCCGAAAUGCCUCUACCGAUACCGUGUCUGUUUGGUAAGGGCUAUAGUACGGCCUUGGGUAUAUGUGUACCCUAUGAUCAGUCGGAUUGUGUGAUAACAUCAACGACCAGUACAACAGUGGCAACAUCGAGUAGUACAUCGGAUGAAUACACCACAUUAUCGACUUUGACGACAACAUCGGCAAAUAUUCUGCCGGUUACAACUCCAACUGGUUCUACAACAUCUCAGGUUGAAACCACAUCCGCAGCAACAACAACCGUAGCUCAGAGUACAACCUCUGAAACUACCACUGGAGCUCCAACCACAACCUCAGAGACCACCACUGAAGUUGCAACUACAACAUCUGAAGGUACAACUCAAACCACAACACCUGCAACUACAACUUCAGUUCAGACUACCACCUCGGAGAGCACCACAACCCCUGAAACAACAACUGCAGCUCCAACCACAACCCCUGAAACAACAACUGCAGUUCCAACCACAACAUCUCAAACUACGACAGAAACUGACACCACAACCUAUCCCAGCACAACCACAACAUCUGUCAAUACAACAAAUCCUACAGUGAACAUUCCACUGACAGUGUUGCCACUUACGAGCACAACAGCUGGUCCUACAACAAAUACCACAGCAGGAGAUUCGACAACAGAAGAGCCUACAACUCAAACUGCAACCACAACAGUUGGUUCCACGACCACAACUUUCGAAACUACGGCAUCGGAAACUCCAGUUACGACCCCAACAACCACAUCGCCCCUUACAUCACAACCCACUAUUCCACCAAUUACCACCCCCACCACACCCAAUCCCAGCCUAUCAAUCCUGCAAGAACUUUGUAAAAAUAAGACAGCCGGCAGCCAUGUCCCAUAUCCUUAUGACGACACCGAAUAUGUCAUCUGUCCCAAUCCCUCGCCGGAAAUUGUUAAAUGUCCCACACACUCGGAAUAUGAUCCCAAGACGGGCCAAUGUAAAUCGGAUAUUGGUUUCAUAAAUAUGCCCCAUUGUUUGGAGGUCGCCUACGGUCAGGCCAUACCGUUCAUCGGUGAUUGUACCAAAUAUUAUCUUUGCUUUGGCAAAAAAGCAAUGAAUAAAAUUUGGCAAUGCGAAGUGAAUUGGUUGUUCAAUGCCGAACUGGCCAGCUGUGUACCCCAGGAACUUUAUCAGUGUCCUUGGUAAACUUCCGAGUAAUAUUUAAAAAAUCAAAA